AUGAGAGAGCAAAGACGCUUAAAUCUUAUUAAUUCCCACCUGCUCUCAAGAUUCCCCGCUCUUCCUUUUGAUGAUUCUCUAAGCAAAUACCGUGAAAGAACUGAAAACAUUAACUCAGAUGUUCUUUUCCACACUUACUUCAUUAAUUGGUCACACUCUUUGCUACGCAUACGUAGUAUGAUGCUCCAAAGUCCUUUAUUCAACAAGUAUAAUGAUAUCGAUCUACCUCUAGAAACCAGAAGACUGAGGUGUAUUGAGCAAAUCGCAGCACUGUAUUUUCAAUACGGAAUUAAUCUUCAAAAAGACCUUGAAGAUCCACAUAGAAUUGCUCAGCUUUUCCACUCUGUUGGAGAGUAUGAUCUAGCAAUAUCAACUAAACUGACUGUGACCUUGUUCCUUUAUGCAGAUACCAUCCGAUCAGUCGGGACUGCUAAGCACCUUCCAUUAGUAGAAAGAGUUUUCGAUAUGAAAGACGUUGGCUCUAUCUCUAUGACCGAAAUGGGGCAUGGGUCAAAUGUCCCAAAUGUGGAAACAACGGCCACUUAUGAUCACUCUACAAGAGAAUUCAUUAUCAAUACUCCGACUGCGACUUCAGCAAAAUGGAUUAUCGGUGGUGUUGGAAAGACCUCAAAUAUGACUGCUCUAUUUGCCAGACUCAUCGUUGAUUCUGUAGAUAGAGGAGUCCAUGUUUUUGCUAUCAAAAUCAGGGACAACGAUACUCAUGAGCCUAUGCCUGGAGUCACCAUUGGAGACUGUGGACUUAAAAUAGCUCUAAACGGCAUCGAUAACGGGUUUUUGAUCUUCAAAAACUAUAGAGUUCCUUAUGACACCUUGCUUGAUAAGCUGAGCUCCAUUUCUCCUGACGGAAAAUUCAAAAGUUCUAUUAAAAGCAAAGAAAAGAGACUCGGGAUCAUCAUUUCUGGAAUUAUCAGAGGCAGGAUCAGUGUAAUUGGAGGCUGCGAAAUUCAUAUGAGAAAAGCCCUAACCAUUGCUCUUCGCUAUGGAGCUUUGAGAAAACAGUUUGGAAAAAAAGACUCUCCAGAAACCUCACUUCUUGACUACCAGAUCCAUCAGUCUAGGCUACUUCCUCAUUUAGCCAAACUAUUUGCAAUUAGAACUGGGAUGAUAUACGUCAUGGAACUCUAUAACCCAGUCAAAGCUAAAGCAGAGGUUGACCCAGAGUGCAACGAAUUGAACGAAUAUCACGCUAUUCUUUCGUGCUUGAAAAGCUUAGGAAGCAUUUAUGCAACUUCUGCAGUCCAAGACUGUCGAGAAACUUGUGGAGGCCAUGGGUUUUUAGCAUGCUCUGCCUUAGGAAACAUCAGAAAUGAGCAGGACUGCCAUCCCACUUGGGAAGGAGACAACAUUAUUUUAUUGCAGCAAUGCGGAAAAGUUAUUCUCAAGCAAGUCCAGCACACUUUCAAAGGCGAAAAGAUAAAAAAUCCAAAUCUGCUAUAUUUAGAUGUAGACUUUGAGCAUCUAAAAACUUAUAAAGCUCACUUUGAGAAUAGGGAAACUCUUUUAAACCAAAGACUUUUGAUCGAACUUAUGGAGUACAAGGUCAACUAUGUGAUUAAUCAAAGCCUUGUAGCGCUGAGGGAUAACGCAGCAGUUUAUUCUGAUGUGAUGGAUGUGUGGAAUAAUACUCAAGUCCAUUACAUACAAGAAAUAGGAAAGGCUUAUGGAGAAUACAUUUGCACAAUGCAGCUAUGGAAAUUUGUACAAACCCUGGCCGAAAAAUGCCAAAAGACUGCAAAUAUCGUGAAAAAUAUAUUUUACUUGUACGUCGUCGAAAGAAUCGAAAAACAGUUAGGCAUUUAUUUAGAGCAUGCUUUCAAUGCUGCACAAGCGAAAAUAGUUAGAGACACAGAACUCUUUUUAUGCCAAGAAUUGAGAGAUAUCAGCAUUAGAAUUAUUGACGCAAUCACAGUUCCUGACCAAUUUUUAGGCUCUGUGAUUGGAGAAGCUGAUGGCCAAGCUUAUGCUAAAAUUGUCCGGUACGUUGAAAGCGAUCCUACAACCUAUUCAAAGCCUGAGUGGCUGCCUAUCCUUAAAAAGAUCAAGAGCACUAAAGCUUAA